AUGGAUCCAUCUACAUUUGGAGCUGAAGAUAAGGAGGAUGACGUCUUAGAGUCAGGUCGGGGUGGUAGUGUCACUGGAGGUCGUGGUCGUGGUGGUGAAACUGGAGGUCGUGGUCGGGGUGGUGGAAAUGUUGGCGGUCGUGUUGGUGGUGUAACUGGAGGUCGUGGUGGUGGUGUAACUGGAGGUCUUGGAGGCGGUGAAACUGGAGAUCGUGUUGGUGAAACUGGAGAUCGUGGUGGUGGUGGUGGUAUUUGUGUUUGGGGAAGAGGAAGAGGAACACCAACAGCAGCACCCAUAUCUUCGACUCCUUCUCCUCCUUCAAUUUCUGAAGUUUGUUCAUCUUCUGGAUCACCAAACGUGGAUUGA